AUGAGUUGCACUCACUUCUUCCGGGGCCAUCUCUGGGAGGUGACAGAUCAUGUUAAAGAAGGCAAGACACAGCUCAGGUGCCCAAACCAGCUGUCCAUUGGCCCACAUUCCUGUCUGCUGUUCCGAACAACAGCCAUCAUGCCUCGUGGUCAGAAGAGUAAGCUCCGUGCUCGUGACAAACGCCGCCAAAAUAAAGCUGAGAACCAAGGUGAUGAGAGUGCUCAGGCCCCUAGAGGAGAGGAAGGAGAGGCUGCUUGCUCCUCCUCUUCUCUUUUGGGGGAGCCUCCCUCAAGCUUCACUGCUGCUGGCACUCUCCAGGCACGGCCAAGUGCCCCAGCAACCACCGGUGCCGCUGCAGGUGCAUCAUGUGAGAGAUCUGCUGUAAAAGCCAAAGGCCAUGGUAGGAAGAGUAAAAAUUCCUCCCAGGCCUCAACUUCCACUGAGAGCUCUGGCCAAGAUCUUCUCACUCAGAAGGCGAUUAUGUUGAUAGAGUACCUGCUGUGUCAGUAUAAAAGGAAGGAGCCCAUUAGAAAGGGAGACAUGCUGAAGAUAGUCCACAAAUGGUUCAGGAAGGACUUCCCUGAGAUCCUCAGGAGAGCCUCUGAGCGCAUGGAUCAGUUCUUUGGCCUAGAAGUGAAAGAAGUCAAGCCUAACAGUAACUACUACACCCUGAUCAGCAGUCAAGGUGACAGCAGUGUUGGGCAUCAGAGCAGCGGCUUCAAAUUUCCUAACAAAGGGAUUCUUAUGCCUGUCCUGGGUGUGAUCCUCUUGAAUAGCAACCGUGCAUCUGAGGAGGAGAUCUGGGAAUUUCUGAAUGAUUUGGGCAUCUUUGAUGGAAAGAGUCACUUCAUGUUUGGAGAGCCUAGAAAAGUCAUCACCCAAGAUUUGGUGCAGGAAAAAUACCUGGUGUACCAGCAGGUACCCAGCAGUGAUCCUCCACGCUAUGAGUUCCUUUGGGGUCCAAGAGCCGAAGCUGAGACCAGCAAGAUGAAAGUCCUGGAAUUUAUGGCCGAGCUCAAUGAUACUGUCCCCUCUGCCUACACACCCCAUUAUGAAGAGGCUUUGAAAGAAGAGGAAGAGAGAGCACAAGCUGCAGCCAGGCCUGGCAUUCCUUCCAAGGCCAGUGGGCCCUCCAGGCCCACAUUCAGCAGUUCUCCUCACCCUCAGUGA